AUGACGGCGCCGCUCGGGCUCCCCCCGCGCUGGCCCGACGCGCUCGGCUGCCGCUGCGAGGACGCCCCGCGGGAGAAGCCGCGCAUGGAGAGCCUGGGCCCGUGUCGGGACAGCCUGGGACCGCCCCACGGCGUGGCCCCCCCGGCCGCCGCCGCCCCGGACGGAGCCGCGUUCGCGGAGCUGGCGGGCGCGGAGCCGCCUCGGCAGUGCCCGUCCGGAGCCCCCGCGCUGGGCUACGGCUACGCCUUCGGCGGGGGCUACUACGGCUGCCGCCUGGCCGGCGUCAACCUGCAGCAGAAGCCCUGCGGCUUCCACCCGGCGGACAAGUUCCCCGAGGCCGGCGGCUCCCUGGCGAGCGAGGAGCUGCCCGCCAGGGCCAAGGAAUUCGCCGCCUUCUACCCCGGCUUCCCCGGCUCCUACCAGGCCGUGCCCGGCUACUUGGACGUGUCGGUGGUGCCGGCGCUGGGCGCGCACCCGGAGCCGCGGCACGAGGCUUUGCUUCCCAUGGAAGGAUACCAGCCCUGGGCGCUGCCCAACGCCUGGGACGGGCAGGUUUACUGCUCCAAGGAGCAAUCGCAGUCCGCGCACCUCUGGAAGUCGCCGUUCCCAGACGUGGUCCCGCUGCAGCCCGAGGCCGGCGCGCUCCGCCGGGGCCGCAAGAAGCGCGUCCCGUACUCGAAGCUGCAGCUGAAGGAGCUGGAGAAGGAAUACGCCAGCAGCAAAUUCAUCACCAAAGAGAAGCGGCGCCGCAUCUCGGCCAGCACCAACCUGUCCGAGCGCCAGGUCACCAUCUGGUUCCAGAACCGCCGCGUCAAGGAGAAGAAAGUGGUCAGCAAAGCCAAGCCCGGACACCUCCACCCCACCUGAGGGGACCCCGCGGCCGCCAGAGCCCCCCGGAACGGAAAAAAAAAGAAUUCAGAAUAACCGCAGAAAGAGGGAAGGCGGAGGAGUUGAAAAUUUUGUGAUUUUGGGGUUUUUUUUGGGUUUUUUUUGGUGUUUUUUCUCCGCCGGGAUGCUGCUGGGUUUGGGGUAUUUAAAGAGAAUUAUCGUGGAAAAAAAAUUUAAUUUUUUUUUUUGUUUUUGUGUUGAGAAAGAAAUCCGAGCCCCCAGAAUCUCUGAAAUCCGGGUUUGGGUUUUUCCCGUUGGGAAAUUCCUCCCCCCCGCACAAAAUAUCCCGGGAUUUUGGGUGUCGGGGGUGUUUUGAGGAGGGGAAUUUGGGAUGUGGAGCUGAGAGAAUUCCCGGUUUUUCCCCCCAUUUUUCCCGGUAUCCUGAGCUCGCGCAUUCCCGGCGUGGAGAAAACGCCUGGGAAAACAAAAUUCCCAAAAAAUCCAUCCCCGGGCAGGGCUGGCUGCGCGUUUUCCCGGUUUUUUUGAGGAUGGAAAAAUCGGGAAUGGGGACAGAAUUCCCUGCCCGAGGCCGGGCUGGGGGCGCGGGGCGGGAUCGGAGCCGCUCCCGGGAAAUUUUGGGAAUUCGGGGGAAUUUUUGGGAAUUUUCUCCCCGCGGGUUUUGCUCGGCUUUGCGGGAAAAGCGGAAUUUCCCGCCCGGAUUUUGGGGUUUCGGGGUUCUGGGGCCGUUCCUGGAGCUGUGAAAGCGAAUUUUUGUUGUUUUUUUUUUGUUUUUUUGGGGGGUUUUAAUUUGAAUUUGGAAUUUCUUGGGGUUGUCCUGUCGAUGUCCGAGCUCGUGGUGUCCGCCUUGUACCAUUCCUUAGAAAUAAAUCGCUUUUUUUUCCCGUCCUUGUUUU